AUCUUUUUUAUGAUUACUGUUGUAGCUUUAAAAAAAAUGAAAAGAAAAAGAGUUUGGCGUUGAGACAAUUGGUUGGUAUUUGCUCUGUUCACUCACACAAUUGUUGUGGGCGCCUCUUUAGCCUUUUCCCUUUGACUGCAUAUAAAUCAGUCAUCCUUCGUUUAACACCGAACCUAGUUUUACUUUUCGUCAUAGGGAGAUCGAGCAUAUGGAUAUGGAAGGCACCCCGACUUCCCAUGGAUUUUACAUGCCCGCAGAAUUUGAACCUCACUCACAAACCUGGCUUGGUUGGCCUGAGCGUCCUGAUAACUGGAGAAAUAAUGCAAUCCCUGCUCAACGUGUAUUCGUCAAGGUAGCCUCUGCUAUCUCAAAGUUUGAACCAGUAACUGUCUGUGCAAGUGCUUCUCAGUGGAGCAAUGCACGGAAUCAGCUACCAGAACACAUCAGGGUUGUUGAGAUGAGUAUGAAUGAUUCAUGGUUUCGUGAUACUGGACCGACUUUUGUUGUUAGAAAAAACAGCUCCAGUACUUCUGCAUUGGAUGGAAAAGUUGCUGGCAUUGACUGGAAUUUUAAUAGUUGGGGAGGUAUUGAACAUGGCUGUUAUCAAGAUUGGGGUCAUGACCUUCAUGUGGCACGAAAAAUUCUCGAAAUUGAGAAGCUUCCAAGGUUUCCACAGUCUGUAAUUCUUGAAGGUGGAAGCAUUCAUGUGGAUGGAGAAGGAACUUGCCUUACCACUGAGGAAUGCCUUUUGAAUAAGAACAGGAAUCCACAUUUGACUAAGGCUCAAAUAGAUGAUGUACUGAAGGCAUAUCUUGGAAUCAAAAAGGUUAUUUGGUUGCCUCGUGGACUUUAUGGUGAUGAUGACACGAAUGGUCAUAUUGACAAUUUGUGCUGUUUUGUGAAGCCUGGAGUGGUAGUGUUGUCAUGGACAGACGAUGAAACAGAUCCUCAGUAUGAUCGGUCAGUAGAGGCCUUUUCUGUUCUCUCGAAUACUACCGAUGCCCUUGGCAGGAGUAUUCAAAUAAUAAAACUGCACAUUCCAGGGCCAUUGUACAUGACUGAUGAAGAGGCUAAUGGAGUUUUAAUGGAUAAUGAAGCUAAACCAAGACUUGCUGGUACAAGACUUGCUGCUUCAUAUGCAAACUUCUACAUUGUUAACGGUGGAAUCAUUCUACCACAAUUUGGGGACCAGAAGUGGGAUGAAGAGGCAAUUCGAGUUGUAUCUAAAGCCUUUCCAAACCAUGAAGUUGUAGGAAUUAAAGGUGCAAGGGAGAUUGUUCUAGCAGGUGGAAAUAUACAUUGUAUAACACAACAACAGCCAGCAAUUCCAAAAUGAUGGGCCCACUGCUGCAUUUUCAACCCAAAACUUUGAAAUGGUGUGGUUUCAUUUUAUAUUUCAUCUGUAACUUAUUGCACCAAAUACUUACCCACAUAAAUUAUUUCCAUUGUAUUGUUUCAUUUAUGCACUAAACAAUUUGACUAGUUAAGUAUCGUCCUGGCCCUUUAGUUUUCUAAAAUUGAUGAAAAUGGCCCCCUCAGCAUUUUUUAGCAAAAUUUCUUUUAUAAAGGAGAAAGGAGAAUUGUAGCGAAA